CAAAUGUCGUGUGAAAGGCUAACCAAGGAACAUGCUAAGAAAGUCAUGUCGGAAACCGAUCACUUUCUAUUUGAUUGUGAUGGUGUACUCUGGGAUGGAAAUGGGACAAUUCCUGGAAGUGUUGAUACCAUAUCAAAUUUGAAGAGGCUGGGUAAAAAAGUGUAUUAUGUUACAAAUAAUAGUUCCAGUUCAAGAGAUGAGUACCAACUGAAAUGUCAGAAAUAUGGCUUUGAUGCAGAUAUGAGUGAUAUUGUUGGCACAGCAUUUGCAUCAGCGUUAUAUCUUCAUACAAGUAAUUUUAAAGGAAAAGUAUAUGUUGUAGGUAAUCCAGGUAUGGGAAAAGAACUUGAUAAUUUUAAUAUCAGUCAUAUUGGUAUUGGUCCUGAUGAAGUCGAACAAGAUAAUAGUGUCAAAUAUUCUGAUAGAGUAAAAUCAUGGUUAAACACACAGCUAGAUCCUCAGGUGAAUUGUGUUUUAGUUGGUUUUGAUCCAUUUAUAAGUUAUCAUAAAAUAUUAAAGGCAGCCAGUUAUAUACAGAGAGACAAUUGUUUAUUUUUAGCAACAAAUGAGGAUACCCAUUUACCUACUCAGGGUAGUGAUAUAGUAAUACCAGGUACUGGUACUAUGGUACUAUCUGUUAGUCAUGCAGCUAGAAAGAAACCAUUGGUGAUUGGUAAACCAGAAACAACUAUGUUUGAUGUUUUAGCUAAGGCUAAUGAUUUACAACCAUCAAGGUGUAUGAUGGUAGGAGAUAGAAUGAAUACGGAUAUUAAGAUGGCUAGAAGAUGCAAUUUAAAAUCAUUAUUAGUAUUUACUGGAGUGUGUGGUAUUGAUGACCUACCUCAUAAUGGGUUAAAAGCAGAAUCUUUUGAAGGUUCCGAUGACUCACCAGACUUUUAUGCAGAUUGUUUAGGAAAAUUUGGAGAAUUUAUAUCAGAUCUGUGAUGUUUAUAAUCAUAGUUAUUGUUCAAAUUUAGGCCAGUUAUUUUUCAGCAAAGUAUUAUUAUGUUGUUACUUUUCCAUAGUAUUUCAUUGCAAAACUUUUAAAAUUAUUAUCUGAUUUUGUUUGUAAGUCCUCUUACCAAAAUUAGCAUUGACUAUGCUUUCUAGUCUUUGUAUUUGUAUCUAGGAUAAUUAUAGAUACAUGUGUACAUAGAAUAAAUAGAUGUUAUUAGUAUCCCUCAUUGAGUCCUAUGAUUAUAUGCCUACUGAUAAAAUUAUAAUUAUAAUUUUCUAAUACUUUUGAUACACAUUUAAUUUUAUUGUUAUUAACUCAGAAAUUUUAGAAAUAAAUCUUAUCUUCAAUUUGU